AGUAGCAAGUCGACCGCCACCGGCGCUUCUGCAGAGAAACUUAAAAGGCUGGAGAGAGGGAGACGAGGGGGGGGAAGAGAAGCAGCACCCUAGCUUCCUCCCGUUCCGUUGCUUCCCCCCCCCAUUUUUUUUUGCAUUUUAAUUUUUGUAAUAAGAAUUUUUUUUUUUAAAGCUAGUCCUCUUCCUCCUUCCUGUUCCGCGGCGACAGGCAGAACUGUCCUUUAUGUUGUGCUUCCCGCAGCCCCCUCCGCGCUACUCCAAGCCCCCCGUCUUCCUCUCUUUUUUAAAUGUAUAACUUGAUGGGUCUGAACAGCACCGCCGCCGCCGCCGCCGGUCAGCCCAAUGUCUCCUGCACAUGCAACUGCAAACGGUCUUUGUUUCAGAGUAUGGAGAUCACGGAGUUGGAGUUUGUACAGAUAAUCAUAAUUGUGGUGGUGAUGAUGGUUAUGGUGGUCGUCAUCACUUGCCUGCUGAACCACUACAAGCUCUCUGCACGCUCCUUCAUCAACCGGCACAGCCAAGGGCGGAGAAGAGAUGAGAACCUCUCCUCGGAAGGAAGCCUCUGGCCGUCGGAAAGCACAAUGUCAGGAAAUGGAGUCCCAGAGCCGCAGAUCUACGCUCCCCGCUCCACGGACCGCCUGGCUGUGCCCUCCUUCCUGCCGAGGGACCGCUUCAACCGCUUUCAGCCCACGUACCCCUACCUGCAGCACGAGAUCGACCUGCCGCCCACCAUCUCGCUGUCGGACGGCGAGGAACCUCCCCCUUACCAGGGCCCCUGCACACUUCAGCUCCGCGACCCCGAGCAGCAGAUGGAACUCAACCGCGAGUCGGUCCGGGCCCCCCCCAACAGAACCAUCUUCGACAGUGACUUGAUCGAUAACUCCGUGUAUGGAGGGCCCUGCCCCCCGAGUAGUAACUCUGGUAUCAGUGCCACGUGCUACGGGGGCCACGGGAGAAUGGAAGGCCCCCCGCCGACCUACAGCGAGGUGAUCGGGCACUACCCAGGGUCGGCCUUUUACCAACACCAGCAGAACAAUGGACCGCCUUCCCUCCUAGAAAACAGCAGACUUCAUCAUUCACAAAUCAAUAGCCUUGAGAGCACAAUUGCAUGGAACAAAGAUAAAGAGAAGCAGAAAGGACAGCCCUUUUAAAAAGCCAGAAAGAACGAAAAGAAAAAGUUGAAAAAAUUAAAAAAAAAACACUCUGCACUUC